CUUUUGAUUGGUCAGUUUCCCAUCAAUCAAAUCAACAGCAAAGAAGUUGUCAGAUUAGAGACUGGGCCGAGGUAAUCAAAAUGGCGGCUUCAUUUCGUGUUUUACCAAGGGAGCUUACCGUGGCUUCGUUCAGUAGUUUUGGAAAGUCAUUUCACGAAACGCUGUUGAAAUUUUGUUUACAGACGAGAGCUUUACACAGCUGCGGCUCAGGUCAUCAGUCAUGGCUCGUGCGACUUUCUUGGGUCACAGGAGCAACUCAUCCUACACGUCGAAAGCUUUCCAACAUGUCAUCAAGCAGGGUCAUCAGUCCUGUUAUGGUUGAACUUCUCAAAAGCAUACAAUAUGGAAAAGAACAGUGGAUGGAUCAAUCAACCCGCAGGACUCUUGUUAAAGUAAUUGAUGAGGGAAUCAUUGAUCAAGAUUCUACUGAUUAUGAUAAGUUGACACUGGAACACUUUCAAGUUUUCUGGCCAGAUGGAAAACCAAUCUGGACAAAUUACAGAAGGAACUUUAAGGGUCAGUUUCCACCCCAGAAAACUCGUCGGACUUGUUAUAAAGGAACCAACGUUUGCAGUAAUCCCUGUCCGAUAUGUCGACUGAUUGUAGAGAAAAAUUAUGAAUUGGUUUACACAGAUGUUGGUUUGUUGUCUCAGUUUAUCUGCCCCCAUACUGGAAUAAUUCUUGAAACGAUUAAAACAGGUGUAUGUCAAAAGAAGCAAAAACUUCUUCUAAAAACAAUUCAGGAAGCUCGUGAUAAAGGUCUUUUGCCUUUCACGGUCCCAGGUCCCAGAGAUCCUCCACGAGUUUUCCAGCCUGUAGGAGUACCUUCCAUGUUCAAAAAUAGAAAAUGACAUUUUAAAGAAAAGAAUAAAAUUUAACACAGUUGA